AUGACCUUAGAUCUUGCAGUAACCCAACAAGGGAGCACCAUGUCGACAACGCCGUCUCCAGGCGGAGGAAGUCCUCCCUUGGGAGCUUUGGACAUUGUGGUACUGGUGCUCUAUUUUGUCCUGGUCUUAGCUGUGGGCUUUUGGUCAAUGUGGAAAACAAAGCGCAGCACAGUGGAUGGCUACUUCCUGGCAGGGAAGAGCAUGACCUGGUGGCCGGUUGGGGCCUCUCUGUUUUCCAGUAACAUCGGCAGCGGACAUCUUAUCGGGUUGGCUGGAUCCGGAGCAGCUGCGGGAAUCGGGGCGAUUGCCUACGAGUGGAAUGGAAUUUUCAUGGUGCUUCUGCUUGCGUGGAUCUUCCUGCCCAUUUAUCUGGCCUCCGGGGUGACAACUAUGCCUGAGUAUUUACAGAGGCGAUACGGUGGCAGAAGAACGCAUUUGUUCAUGGCUGUCUUAUACUUGUUUAUUUACAUCUUCACCAAGAUGUCGGUGGACAUGUAUGCUGGUGCAUUGUUUAUAAAGAUGGCUUUGCAGUGGGACAUCUACCUGGCGAUCGUGCUCCUGCUGGCUAUCACUGCACUCUACACCGUGGCAGGUGGUUUGGCUACUGUCAUCUACACCGACGCCGCUCAAACGGUUAUCAUGCUGGCGGGAGCGCUCGUCCUAAUGUGCUUUAGUUUUGCAGAGGUUGGAGGUUGGAAUGCUCUGAUGGAGGGCUACCUUAAGGCCAUCCCGUCGGUUCGCGUGCCGAACACGACGUGCGGCAUCCCCCGAGAGGACUCCUUCCACAUAUUCAGAGACCCAGUGGACUCUGACCUCCCGUGGCCUGGCGUCAUCAUCGGCAUGUCCAUUCCUUCCAUGUGGUACUGGUGCUCUGAUCAGGUGAUCGUGCAGCGCUCGUUGGCUGCCAAAACGCUGACCCAUGCUAAAGGCGGCUCCCUGCUGGCUGCUUACCUCAAGCUUUUGCCUUUCUUUGCCAUCAUGUUGCCCGGCAUGAUCAGCAGGAUACUUUACACAGAUGACGUAGCCUGUGCUGAUCCAGAAUUGUGCGAGCAGAUCUGUGACAACCCAGUAGGAUGUACCGACACGGCUUAUGCCAGGCUGGUCUUGGAGCUUCUCCCCACAGGACUCCGAGGUCUGAUGAUGGCUGUGAUGAUUGCUGCGCUCGUCUCCUCGCUCACAUCCGUCUUUAACAGCGCCAGCACCAUUUUCACCAUGGACCUGUGGAAGACGUACCGAUCCGGGGCGUCCGAGUGGGAGCUUAUGAUCGUGGGCAGGGUUUUUGUGCUCAUUCUAGUGGUGGCGUCCAUUUUGUGGAUUCCCGUCAUUCAAGCCAGUCAAGGGGGACAGCUGUUCAUCUACAUCCAGUCCAUCAGCACCUACCUGCAGCCGCCCGUGUCCAUCAUCUUCCUCCUGGGCUGCUUCUGGACUAGGACUAACGAGAAGGGUGCUUUCUGGGGCGUGGCCGUGGGCCUGACGAUUGGCUGCGUCCGCAUGCUGUUGGAUUUUAUCUACCCGGCUCCGCUGUGCUUCGAGCAAGACGACAGGCCCGCCGUGGUCAAAUCGCUGCAUUACCUCUACUUCUCCACGCUGCUGUCCUUCAUCACACUCGUCGUGGUCGUGCUGGUCAGUCUGGCCACCGACAAACCCAAAGCCGAGCAGAUUGACCGUCUGACUUGGUUCACAAGGUUUGCCCCCGUGGAAGUCAAAGAGCAGAGCGUGGUGAAAGCGGGUCACGAGAUGGUGGUCACGGAAAAGGCAGUUGACAGCACGAGGAAAGAGUCUUCGGACCCGGGCUCCGGCUCGAGACGUCACUCACGGCUGGUGUCUGCUCUCUACUGGCUGUGCGGGAUGGAACGACAGUCUGACAAGGCAGAGAAAAGACCCGUGACGCCCAUGGCCCCCGACCUCAGUCAACUAAAAGAAAAUCCAGGUCUGAAAAAGUUGGUGAACGCCAAUGUCGUCAUUUGCCUCUCUGUGGCCGUGUUCAUCAUCAGCUACUGGGCUUGAGGGGCUGCCAUGCUCCUCAAAAGGUGUUGCUUUUCUCGGGACAUUAGAGAUUUUUGCAUUCCAAGAGAAACGGCAAGUGACAAAAGUACGGCCAGGUUUGUUUUUCUGCAGCAAGAUGAUGAUCACAUAAGUGCAGCCCAGGCCACAAUGUGAAAGUCAGAAGUAUCCUACAUGAUUGUUUUGAUAUGUAAAUACAUGAAAAAAAGAAAAAAAAUGACAAGAUUGUAAAACUUUAAUCAUCACAAGU